AUGGAUGAGCCUCUUGAUUUCGAGAACGAUGAUCCUCUCGUUAACCCUCCAGCGACACUUGAGCAAAGGAGGAAGAAAGUUAUUGGCUUGGAUGAUCUUCUCUCUGAUUUUUACAAAGAGAAGAGCAAGAUUCUAAACAAGCAAAACAGGAAACGGAAAGCCUCUAAGCUUUACGAUUCAGAUGAAGAUGAACAUGGCCAAGAAGCUUUACUUUCUAAAUAUGUUGAUGACUGCCAGAAUCAGAUGGAUGAGAUAGAUGGGGAAGAAGAUAUCCGUGAGUGGGGACUAUCGAUGUUUGGAGAUCAGAAAACUCCAACACCUUCACUACACGCUGAUCUCGUUAGUUGCUGCUUGUUGAAAGAAUUUAUGAAUACUCAAUCAAAUCAAGUGGUGGAUCUUCGUCCAGAUACAGGAGCAAAUUUUCUUGAAGGAUUGUUGGUUAACGGCUGCCUCACAAGACUGGUCUUGACACGUGCAUGUGCAGAAAAAUUCAUAUGCAAAUGGACGGUUAAUCUGUUGUUGUAUUCAUCAAAAGAAGAUUUAAGAUCAUCUGCUUGUGACUUCUGGUGUUCCAUACUGUCAUCACAAAUCGAGAUUAAUGGAGCUCCUGUUGAAAUUGACUGGCUUCCUAACUAUCAGGAACUUAAAGAAGCUCUUGAAUCAUAUGGGUUCAGGAUUAAUUCGUCACAAGAUGUUGAACUUGCUAAAGCGGAUUCUGAGUCUCAAGGUCCUCCUCCGAAUAUUAGAGCUUGGCUCAAACUUGUAGCUGCUUGUUGUCAAAUUAGGUGUAAAAAUCCUAUUUUUUCCACUUCACAAGUUGAAGAGAUAGUCGAAAUCCUUGUAUGGCUGCUCUUAGAUCGCGGUCUUCAUGGUCUUUCACUUCUCUUACAUGAUUGCUUAAUAUCUGUUAUUGGAUCCUUCAAAAAGGAAGAAUGGGUUUCAAGCUGCGAGGAAAUAGCAAACUCUCUUGCUUCCAGAGUACCUCAAGACAUUAAUUGUUUGAGGAUAGUGGAAUCUGUAUCAGGUAUUGAUGCUCGAAGCAAGCUUCUGAGAAGUUCCAUCUCAAAUAAAAUGCUUGUUGUUUUACUUGAUCAUAAGGGCAGCGAUGCAAAUUUAUUGAGCUCCCUGAUGUCUAUCAAGGUGAAGGAAAAGAAUUGUAACCUUAUGAAAACUUACAUUUUCUUGGUUUUGGCGGAGAACUGGCUCUUCUCCAGUAAAUUGGCGGAGGAAAAGCCGGUACUGAGGGACAUGUGGGCUGUGUUUCUUAGAAACUGUUCUUGUCAGAUCAACACCACGGAUCUUCGGCCUUAUGCAUCAAAAGUUCGUACCAGAGCCGCCUAUCUUCUUCAAGGAUGCAGCAGCAACUGA